AUGUGCACUGGCUUUGCAGACGCUGCCGUCACCGGGAGCCUUGUAUCAGCUGUGGUCAACCCCACCGUGUACUUUCACAUUGCCAUUAACAGCAAGCCCUGGGUCCACGUCUCCUUCGAGCUGUUUGCAGACAAGGUUCCAAAGACAGCAGAAAACUUUCAUGCUCUGAGCACUGGAGAGAAAGGCUUUGUUGAUAAGAGUUUUUGCUUUCACAGAAUUAUUCCAGGGUUUAUGUGUCAGGGUGGUGACUUUGCACUCCAUAAUGGCACUGGCGGCAAGUCCAUCUACAGGGAGAAAUUUGAUGAUGAGAACUUCAUCCUAAACCAUACAGGCCCUGGCAUCUUGUCCAUGGCAAAUGCCAGACCCAACACAAACGGUUCCCUGUUUUUCAUGUGCACUGCCAAGACUGAGUGGUUUGAUGGCGAGCAUGCAGUCUUUGGCAAGCUGAAAGAAGGCAUGAAUAUUGUGGAGGUCAUGAAGCGCUUUGGGUCCAGGAAUGGCAAGACCAGCAAGAAGAUCACCACUGCUGACUGUGGACACCUCUAA